CUGGGAUAUCGAAAUCAUCCACCGCCUGGCUCUCAAGUCUCAACAACUGCCACCCCGCCUUUCAACGUACCUUAGCCCACUACCCCGCCGGCGCCCACGGAAGAGAAACAGCUGCAGCUGGGGCCGAGUCUACUUUUUUUCUCUUUCGUUUGUUUCCUUAUCCCCGUGCCCAUACGUCCGACUUUACGGCUAGAUUACCACCCCCAAAACCACCCCCAGCCAUGCCUCCCACGAAGCUCCCGGAAUCCGGCAAUCCGCUGGUCUUUUUCGACAUCACACUCGGUGGUGAACCGCUCGGCCGCAUCACGUUCGAGCUCUUCAAGGAUGUAGUCCCCAAGACGGCUGAGAACUUUCGUCAGUUCUGCACCGGCGAGUCCAAGGAUGCCCGGGGUCGUCCGCAGGGCUACAAGGCCUCCAAGUUCCACCGUAUCAUCCAAGGCUUCAUGUGUCAGGGCGGCGACUUUUUAAACGGCGACGGUACCGGCUCGGUAUGCAUCUACGGCACCUCCAAGUUCGCCGAUGAGAACUUCAACCUGAAGCACGACCAGCCUGGUCUGCUCUCCAUGGCCAACGCCGGACCCAACACAAACGGCUCCCAAUUCUUCAUCACCACCGUCCCGACUCCCUUCCUGGACAACAAGCACGUCGUCUUUGGCAAGGUCGUCGACGGUAUGGACAUUGUCAAGAUGAUGGAGGCCACCAAGACGGGGUACCGCGGCAAGGACCAGCCGAACCAGGACGUUGUCAUUGCGCAGUGUGGUGAGAUGUGAGGAUGGUUUUGGUUGAUAAAAUCCUAAGGUGAUGAGCUAUGAGGCGGGAUGAGCAAGGACAUGUUGUUUGGGCAGUCUUGCUGCCCGCCUUGUGAGGCUGUAGCAUCAGAAUCCCACGUUCUGGCUCGUGAUACAUGGAGUUCGGAGCGAGGAAGCUACCGUAUGCGAGGCGAGAGAGGGAUAGGAUGACAUCCGGCUUGCCCGCUGGGUUCACAUGUUCACCUAGCAAGUUGACUUGAUCUGGUUCAAGGCCCAAAACCCC